GAUCGAGGUUGAAGGGGACACAAAGAGUCGAGUGUCUGCUGAAAAGACGAAGGAAAUAAAAGAGGAAAAGAGAAGAUGAACGGAGUGAGGUGACCAUCAAGGUACCCGAUCCCCGCCGUACCCCGCCAUUAUCGUUGUUAUCUUCUGGGGAAAGUGGAGUACGCUCGCACACGUUAUAGCGCCCAAGCACUGAAGCUCAGAUUGUCAUAGCGCUUCCCGUCAGUGCCCCUCAUCCCAUCACGUCCACCCUUCCUUUUUCUCCAACUUCCUUUCCUUCAACUUUUCCGACAUCAUCUUCAACCUCAAUAUUGGCGGCCAGCAACUGACACGAAACUCCAAGGACACGACCUGACUAAAUGGAAAUAAUAAUUCAAUCAGCAAGACACCCACAAAACGAUGGCCGCCCGAUCGAUACGAGAGAUGCGGCUCAUUGGGUCAGCCAACCCCACCACCGAUUGAGGCUUGCGCGGCCGCAGCGACGCCGUCAGCUUCACGUGCAUAUGUAGUAUGACAAGACAUAUCAUCGAUGACCAUGGCUCUUCAUGACUCUUCUUCUUCGAGAGUCAUGGAUGCUAAACAAUCCAAGAAUCGCCAAUACUCCCGUUGACGGUUUGCAACUUCUAUCAUCCACGGCCACACAAUGGCACCCACCCUUUGCUCCAAGUGCUCGACCCUCCGCUUCUACGACCUCUUCGACGACGAUGUCGUCUUCCACCCAGACCUCAACUCUCUCGUCCAAUCGGCCAAAAAGUGCGAGAGCUGCAGCUUGUGGUGGACACAAGUUCAACGGACCUGCACCAAAGAGGACAUUGCAGCUUGUUUAGCCAAGAAGUUGCCCGCCAACGCAGUCAGGUCCAGCGACAACGGCGACUUCAAGAUUUAUCUCCGCGGCGAAUGGCAUCCCGCAGGCACCGCCAGCGUUCCCGACCAGAUCUGGCUCUCAUGCGGCGUCGUUGUCUCAGCAGUUGGCCAUGAUGCGCCACCCAAACUACAAACCAAUCUUGUCGUAUUUGCUGACCCUGUCGCCGCCGGAGCUGACCCUGCCACCACCGCAGGCGGCUUGUUCGCGGGAAGAUACAGCACCAGUGCUGUCCACCCCGAAUAUCACGCGACCUUUGCGAAAAAUACGUUGGCGAACUGUCGUACAGGACAUGGAGUUUGCAAUCAGGCAUGCCCGCCUGGAACUCGACAAAUGCCGACGAGAGUCAUCGACGUUGGAGAUCAGACCUUGCCAGCAGCCAAGAGGGUCACGCGGAUUGUUUUGGCCAAAGACCUAAAGCAGCCACAGCCAUACACGGCUCUGUCCUACUGCUGGGGCAGUGGCACGCAAGCAAUGCUCAACGACACGAACUUGGCCGACUUCCUCAAGCUCCUCCCUGAAUCCCGGCUCAGCAAGACCCACACCGAGGCUAUUGACCUCACCCGCCUGCUCGGGAUUCGCUACCUCUGGAUCGACGCCCUUUGUAUCAUUCAGAAGAACCAAAAAGACUGGGAGGCGGAAUCCAAGCGCAUGUCCUCGGUCUACGGCAACGCUGAACUGACCAUCAUCGCUGGCCGGUCCCCCGAUAGCGGCCUUGGUUUCCUGACCAACAACUAUCUGACCACCAAGAAACACCCAAAGCCAGUCCCCAUGAGAGCCGGCCCCAAUCCCCAUAUCGGCGAGGGCCCAGAUCUCGGAACUGUCCACCUGACAAUGCAACGUGCAAAGUCAGUCGGGCCCGUAGAUACCCGAGGCUGGUGCUUCCAAGAAGCUCUGCUCUCGAAUCGCGCUCUUGUUUUUGGAGAAGACCAGGUAUUCUACCAAUGCCGCCACCACACGCGGUACGAAGAUGGCUGUGUAGACGUCGACACCAGCAAGCGGGGACAGGCUCUAACUUCUCUCCAUCCCGGCACCAAACCCGAAGUCUUGAGGAGAUGGUAUCAGAUGCUUGUCUCCUUUACUCCCCGCGCCUUGACAGAGCCGCACGACAUUUUCGCCUGCAUCGUUUCCGUUGCGCUGAUUACGCACGGCGUCCUGAAGUCGAGGUACCUGGCUGGACUAUGGGAGUGUGAUAUGCCAAGGGGGCUGCUGUGGAAAUCCCGCUGGAGUUAUGUCAGUCGCAAACACUUUCGACCCAUCGAGAAGCCAUUAGCAUCCCCCUUCACCGAACGCCCAGGCGAGGUUCCAGGUAAGCCAGUGGUUCGUGCCCCUUCAUGGAGCUGGGCGUAUGUGACAGGCCCGGUGUUCUGGGAUACCAACCCCCGUAUUGAGUCAAGAUGGAUUGAUGCCAAAAACAUUUGCAUUCGGCCACGAGAUUCCAAAGGGCUGUGGACCAAUCAGUCAGGAGCAGGGAACCCAGAUGUGCUGUUCAUGCCGGCGCUGGAGCUGCAAAUCUUUGGCAAGGCUGUCGAGGUUCGCUGCACAAAGGUGAUGAAGAAACACACGCCGUUGACGCCGGAGGGGAUCAUGUUGGAGUCGGUAAAGUCAGCAUCGAGUGGACCGGCCAAUUCGAGCUACAUUGCGCUGGGGUAUUUUGACUUCCCCAGUGAUCCAAUGCCGGCGAAUAUCUGGUGCUUACUCGUUGUCGCACAUGAAGGAUUACUGCUUACCCGCGAUGGAAAGGGCAAAUUCCAUCGCGUGGGCUGGUUUGCGGUGCAGGAUGGGAAGCAGUUUGAGGCUGUCAAGGAGACCGCCGUGGACUUGGUGUAGAGUGCCGACUGCAAUGGUCUGUUGCUUCUUUGCGGCGACGUUGCUGGCCAAAAGUUCCCGUUUGUAUUUGGCUCAAUCCUGCGUCAAUCUGUGCUUCGCUGGUUAAUCCGCCCUCACAAGCGAUGACAUCUUAACCAUGAGUGUUGUUCCCGUCGG